AUGGCGCCCCCACCCUCCCCCCAAGAUCCCACCCACCUGCGCCUCCCGUCGAUAACUUCGCCCACUGGAUCCGUCCAUACCCCCUUUCCCCCCUCCCCCGCCAGGUCCCCCUUCCCGCGCCUCACCGGCAACACCUUCGAGGCGCAGGAGCCCCUCAAGCGCGCCCCCAGCGGCCCCGCCCCCGACUUCUCCGACCUCUACUUCUCCGAGCUGCUGUCGUACAGCCUGGAGCGCUUGAACAAAGAGCCGGAGCUGCUGCAGGAGGACAGGGAACGGGUCAAGCGGCAGGUGACCGAGUCCGCCGUGGAGCACUACGCGGCUUUCAUCGAGGCCACCAGGUCACUGGGCACCAUCCACGACGAGCUGACCACCUUUGAGGGCACCCUGGAGGCCCUGGGCGCCAGCCUGCCCAAGUUCUCGGGCGCCUGCGAGGGCUUCAGGGUGUCCGUGCGGGACGUCAUGGGCCGCAGGGCGGAGAACCAGCAGCUGCUGGGCCAGCAGCACGCCGUGCUGGGCCUGCUGGAGGUGCCGCAGCUGAUGGACGCCUGUGUGCGCAACGGGAAUUAUGACGAGGCGCUGGACUUCCAGGCGUUCAUGAACCGUUUGGGCGCCCUGCACGGGAACAUGGCCGUCGUCAAGGACCUGGUGGAGGAGGUGCAGGGCGUAACCAACCUGAUGCUCAGGCAGCUGGUGCAAAAAUUGAAGUCCAGCAUCCAGCUGCCGGAGUGUUUGAGUGUGAUCGGGUACCUGAGGCGACUGGGGCUGUUCACUGAGCGCGAGCUGAGGCUGUGCUUCCUGGGCUGCCGCGAGGAGUGGAUAGGCGGCCUGGUGGCCGACCUGGAUGACGGCAACCCCUAUGAGUACCUGAAGCGAGUAACGGACGUCCACCGGCUGCACUUGUUCGAUGUAGUGAUGCAGUACUGGGCUGUGUUCUCCACCGAGGGGGCUGACGGGUCGAAGGGGGUGGGCGAGUGUGGGCUCCUGUCCAGCUGGGCGCUGCACCGUGUGGUGCUGCUGUUGGAAUCUCUGAAGACCUUCCUGCCGCAGGUCUCGGAGGGAUCAAACGUGGCGUCCCUCCUGGAGCACUGCAUGUACUGCGGCAUGUCUCUCGGUCGUGUUGGGCUGGAUUUUAGGGGCCUGUUGGCUUCGGUGUUUGAGCCCUGCAUGCUGGAUAUAUUUUCCAGCAGGCUGGUUGCUGCAGUGGACAGUUUUGGGUCCCUGCUGGAGUCCCACAAGUGGGUGGCCAUGCCAGCCAUGACUUCUGGACAAGAUCAGAACCAGGGGGGCAGCGACACUGGCGAGGGCGGCAAAGACGGCAGGCCACCUCAUGCACUGCUGGAGCACCUCCCCAUUGCGACGUUCGUCAAUGGCAUGCUGGCAGCAUUGAACGAACUGCGGCACUGUGCGCCAGUUGCUUUAAUGCAGCCAGUUGCGAAAUUAAUGCAAGACUCUCUGGAAAGUGUGGCUUUGCGUCUGGCACACUACAAGGUCACACAUGGCCUAAAUGCCUCGCAGGGGGCAGUGUUUCACUCAGCUUGCGAAAGCCUGGCUGAUGUGGCCGCUCCCUACUUGGCUGAUUGCCUCAAUCGCGUGUAUGAUGGGGCAGGGAAGAUGAUGGACAUCACAUCAGCUGUGGAGCCACUGAAGGAUGCAACGGUGGGGUGA